AUGAAUCUCAGUCCAGAUAUCCCUAGGGAGGGAAGCAAUGACGAGAAGAAAGACUCCAGCGUCAAUUAUCCUCAGAAUGUCGAUGCUCACUCCGAUCACCACAUCAUAGGAGCAAAAUCACCUGGUGUGGCCCGCAUCGAAGCCGUAUCUAGCCAGCUCACUUUCACCAAUCGGAUAUUCCUCUUCUUUGGCGUCUUCCUCAUUGCGUAUGCAUACGGACUUGACGGUACAACUCGAUAUACAUACCAGGCAACAGCAACUAGCGACUAUGCCCUUCAUUCGCUUCUCUCGACUAUCAAUGUCCUCAGGAGUGUCAUUGCUGCUGCAGCUCAGCCAACUGCUGCCAAAGUCGCCGAUGUCUUCGGACGUCUUGAACUGGUCGCUGUCUCAGUCUUCUUCUACACGCUGGGGACUAUUAUCGAAUCUUGUGCCGAUGGAGUGAAGACUUUCUGCGCUGGUGCUGUCCUGUAUCAAGUUGGAUACACUUGUGUCAUCCUUCUCGUCGAAGUCAUCAUCGCAGAUAUCACGUCCAUGCGAAGCCGUGUCUUCUUCUCGUACAUUCCGGCAACACCAUUCAUCAUCAAUACCUGGGUCUCUGGCGACAUUACUCAAGCCGUUUUAGGAGUAACUUCGUGGAGAUGGGGAAUUGGCAUGUGGUGUAUCAUCUACCCGAUUUGUGCUCUGCCUUUGAUGUUGGCGCUGUUCAUCGCCGGACGGCGGGCACGAAAAAAUGGCAUCCUCGACAGCUACAAGUCACCAUUUCAGAUGCUAGGCCCUAAACGCCUCGCAGCAGAACUAUUCUGGCAACUCGAUGUCGUUGGCAUUAUUCUUCUGAUUGCAGUAUUUGCGCUCAUUCUCGUACCUCUCACAUUGGCUGGUGGAUCCACUGCCGUCGGUGCUGUUGCAUCGAAAUGGCAUCAAGCUCAUAUUCUUGCCCCAUUGAUUAUCGGAAUUCUCUGUAUCCCAGUCUUUAUCUUCUGGGAAUUGAAAGCCAAGCAUCCUUUACUUCCUUUCCACCUGCUCAAAGAUCGCGCGGUCUGGGCCGCUCUCGGAAUAGCAAUGUUCCUCAACUUUGCCUGGUAUUUACAGGGCGAUUUCCUCUAUACCGUCUUGAUCGUCGCCUUCGACUUCAGCAUCAAGUCAGCUACCAGAGUCUCCUCACUCUAUAGCUUCUGCUCUGUCAUUACCGGCGUUCUCAUUUCACUCGUGAUCUUCAAGGUCAGACGACUCAAGUACUUCAUUCUAGCCGGAACGAUGCUCUUCCUGGUUGCGUUCGGCCUGUUGAUCCAUUACCGAGGAGGUCAUAGCAGCGCAGCUCAAUCCGGUGUCAUUGGUGCUCAAAUUCUCCUGGGUAUCGCAGGUGGUCUUUUCCCUUACCCAGCACAAGCUUCUAUCCAAGCAGCAACAAAGCACGAACACGUCGCUGUGAUUACGGGUAUCUAUCUCGCAAGUUACAAUGUUGGCUCUGCACUCGGAAACUGCGUCUCAGGCGCAAUCUGGACGCAGACUCUGUACCCAGAACUCAACAACCGAUUGGCCUUUACUGGAAAUGAAACAUUGGCUGCUAGUUUCUACGGAAGUCCAUUUUUGCUUGUUCCGGAAUAUCCUGUCGGAACGGAUGUCAGGACUGCGGUUAUCGAUAGUUAUCAACAUGUACAGAGACUGUUGACGAUCACUGGUAUUUGUCUUUGUGUGCCGCUGAUCGCUUUUGCGUUCUGUUUGAGAAACCCGAAGUUGAGUAAGGAGCAGAGCCAGCCAGAAGCGGAGGAGGGCCAUGUUAUUCGCUGA